AAGCUUUAUUGCGAGAUAAUCUCCAAAUUUGGUUAUAGAAUUGUUAUCAAGAAUUUUAUAUAUGAGGUUAAUUUAUACGCAAAGCUACAAAGUAGGGCCGGUGUUGCGCAGGCUGCGGCUUACUACAUUACAUGGGCUGCAGCAGCUGCAGUGCGUCCUGCCUCUGGCGGCUUCCUUCUCCAUCGUCUAUUAAUGCCUCGUCUUCGUCUAGCUCCAGCGCUCGGCUUACACAAGCCUCUCCAACAUGAAGCUCCUCGGUUGGAUGCACCGGAAGUUACGACAGAAUAGUAAUGAUGUCUUCAAAGAGUUCAACAACGGUGGAGGUGGGACCUGCAACUGCCUCACCGGGCUGGCCUCGCCGGACCCGGCCACCUUCCUCGCCUCCGCCAACGAAUACUUCGCCGGCGACCACGACUUCACCAACAUUCACUCAUCUCCGCCGGACACCGACCUCUUCACCUUUGGUGGCAGCGGCCUCCUCACCAUCGGCACUCUAGGCAUCACCGCGGUCGCGGUCCCUGCAGACGCUGACGACGACGAUUACGACGUCGACGUCGAUGCCGACUCCGACUCUGACGACAACGACGACACCGCGGAUGAGGGAGACAAGGUCGACAGCGCCGUCACGCCCACAUUCACAUACACAGCGCCGCCUACGGCACUGGCAGAGGCCGCCGAGGUCGUCGAGAAGGCUGCAGUCGCCGUGGUCGAGGCCAUCGCCGAGAAGGACGACGACACCACCACGGAGGACGACCUGAUGGUGGUGAGCGCCGAACUGGAGAAGGUCCUCGGUGGCCGCAACAGCGGUGCCGCCGGCGACCUGAUCGCGUCUGCGCGGGUAAGCUUCGCCAUGGGCGUGGACUGCCCGCUGCAGGGCUUCCUGUUCGGCUCUCCGGUGAGCGAUGCCGCCGAAUCGCGCCUGGAGCAGCCGCGGGACAGCAAUGGCGGCCGGCGCACCUCGCUCGGCGAGCUGUUCAUGCGCACGCGCUUCGCCGACGAGAAGGUGGCCCUCGUCGCCGUCGAGGAAGGCGAGGACGGCGGGGAUGGUGGAGCCGCCGGUGGAGAAAGGGACGACGGGAAAGCAGGGAAAGGCGGCGGCUGCCACAAGACAACGAAGAAGAGGAGGGUGAAAGAUGAUAAAGUCGCCGGCGGUGAUGGAACGCCGGCGAGUGCAGCGGUGACCAAGAGCAAGUUUCAGAAGAUCCUCCAAAUCUUCCACAGGAAAGUGUACCCUGAGAGCGCGGCCCUGGCCCGGAACCUGACCAAGAAGAGCCGCAAGCGCGGCAGCGGCGGCGCCGACGAGCCCGCCGAGCCGGCGUCGUCCAACAAGCUCCGGUGCCGCAAGGAGCAGCGCGCGCCGGGGUUCGGCUGCUGCGCCAACCGGGCCUCCUUCGGUGGCGCCGCUUCUCCCAUCCACGACGACGACGACGACGACGAGCUCAACGGCAGCAAGAGCGGCCACUGGAUCAAGACCGACGCUGAAUACUUGGUGCUGGAGUUAUAGAACGAGAAACAACAAGAGAGAGUCAGAAUCUGUUGGCUGGUCAAUAUCAUAUAUAGUGAGUAUAUUGAGCAUGUUACUUGCGUACUUAUGUUUGUGUGCUUGCUUGUUCUUCACCAAAAAACCUUGUUAUAUACACAUAUAUGUUUGUUCAUGUCACUACCUGAUGGAUGAUGAGUUGUAUGUGUCAUUCUAUCUAUCAAGGGGAAAAGGACUGUGAAUGUAUGAACUUAAUGUAUGGUUUGCAUCAAGAUUGUGAUUGCUGCCUCC